GACUUCGGUCAUUGUUUAACAAGUCUAGCCUCUUUAAAAACACCUAUUACUUGAUCGCCACAUUUGUGUUCAUCGUGCGGUCACCUUUGUUCAGAUCUAGUCCAGACACUUCUUGGGUGACUCCCAAAGCUAAACAUGGAGAGAUAGAAACAAAAGCAUCACUGAUUUUGUCAGACAGCAGAGGUUGUGAGCCGUUGAAAGACAUGCUUUGCUGCCGUCGCGUGAUCAUCGCCUCGCUCCAGCUGUGCUUGUUGUUGUCAUUCGCUGACAGCAGAAGUUUAAAGAAAUGUUCUCGGGGGAAUACGUGCUCGGAUCGACCGCCUGUGGUUCUCAUUCCAGGAGACCUUGGGAAUCAGCUGGAAGCUAAACUUGACAAGCCCAGUGUGGUGCACUACAUCUGCUACAAGAAGACCGAUUACUUUACAUUAUGGCUUAACUUGGAGCUGCUGGUGCCGGUGGCCAUUGACUGCUGGAUCGAUAACAUGAGGUUGCUGUACAAUCGGACAACUCACCUCACCGAGUCUCCACCAGGGGUGGAAGUUAGGGUACCUGGAUUUGGCCAAACAUUUAGUUUAGAAUACCUGGAUCCAAGCAAAAGAAGUGUGGGAAUGUACUUUUUCACCAUAGUACAGGCAUUGGUUGAUUGGGGGUAUACAAGGGACGAUGAUGUACGAGGAGCCCCCUACGACUGGCGUAAAGCCCCAAAUGAAAACAAGGAUUAUUUCUUGCAACUACAGCAUAUGAUCGAGGAAAUGGCUGAGAAGGCUGGAGGUCCCGUGGUCCUGAUCGCACACAGCAUGGGAAACAUGUAUACCCUGUACUUCCUUAACCACCAACCGCAGGCGUGGAAGGAUCGGUACAUUAAAGCUUUUGUGUGUCUCGGACCCCCGUGGGCCGGAGUGGCCAAAACUCUUAGAGUUAUGGCAACAGGUGACAACAACCGCAUUCCUGUCAUCAGUCCAUUGAAGAUUCGUACCCAGCAGCGAACAGCCGUCUCCACCGCUUGGCUCUUCCCGUAUGCCCACUCCUGGCCUUCGGACAUGGCCCUGGUGACUACCCCUAACACCACGUACACCGUCAAAGACUAUCAGCGCUUCUUUAAAGACAUUGGCUAUGAAGAUGGCUGGGCCAUGAGGGAGGACACCGAACCCUUGGUCAGCGCGUUGAAGCCUCCGGGGGUUGCCGUUCACUGCCUGUAUGGGACUGGCAUCCCUACAGCUCAGGCCUACAAUUACACAAAUUUUCCAGAUGGAGAGCCCACCGUCAUAAAUGGAGAAGGAGACGGGACGGUUAACUUUUUGAGCGCGACACAGUGCAAGCGUUGGAUAGGUCAGCAAAAGCAUCCUGUCAGUAUGAAGGAGCUACCUGGUAAUGAGCAUGUUGCAAUGCUGUUAAACGUGACCACAGUUUCUUACAUUAAAUCAGUGCUCUUCUCACCGUGAUAACAUUAAGCCCUUAACUUUGAACUGGUGAUUCUGGUUUGCCAAAGAGAUGGGAAACGGUUCUGCUUUUAAGGUGGAUGUGAAUCAUUUUGGUUGAUCACUUCCCUUGUUGUGGAAUUGAGUUUGAUCAGGAUAUAUUCGCUUUCUGUGGUUCAGUGCAAUCAGAAAUUAUUGUAUAGAUUUUAAAGCACAUGUAAAAAAUUAAUUGCCAUUUGUUAAAGCAAAAUAGCUAUAGCCUGCCAUUUAAUGUCACCUACAUUUUUAAUCUUUGUAGUUUUCGUAAAAUUUACAGAUUUAUUGCUUUUUUUAAAUAUCUUUCCAAAGGCCUUUAUAUCCGAAUUGUACUGACACUUCAGUAUUUUUGUGCAGUUGACUGUCUGACUAGUAUUGAUUUUAUAUAUUUGUAUCAUAGGUCUUUUAAAGGCAGGUUGCACGAUUUUUGAGAAACGCUUUGGAAAAGGGAGCCAAGCCGAGUAGCAAAACGCACUUGUAGCCAAUCAGCAGUAAGGGUCGUGUCUACUAACCAACAUCGUAUGUGUGGAUCAUGUCUAUCAAAAGAAGGUCCAGGGGCACGUUCAAGAUCAAAACGGUGCGCAACGGGCUCCAGAAACGUUUAAAAAAGAACACAAAGUAGUUGCAACUCUUGCGUCAUCACAACAGGGUGUUCAAUGCAUCACUGUUUCUGUUUAAUAAACGUUGUGCAAUGUUUUGUCUGGGCUGAACGCAGCCCAGAUUCUAUUGUGGUAGGGGCGUGUUUUGUUUUCAACAGGUGAUUUCAAAUGUGAACAUUGGCUUUAAGAGAUCGUGCACCCCGCCUUUAAAUGUUGAAUGUACAACAUUGAUGGAUAUCUCAAUAUAUUGCUCAAUUCAACCUAACGUCUGUGACCACUAUUGUGCACUCGGUUUUAUUUUUAUCUUGUGACUUCUUAAAUAUGAUAUAAAAUUGUGACGCAAGCGAUUUCUACUUUUUUAAAGAGUAUUGGAAAUGGUUACACUUUACAAUAAGGUUGUAUUUGGAAACAAUAGUAAAUGCAUCAUAAAUGUAACAAACUAGCAAUUUUACAGAUUUGUUUUAUUAAUCUGGGGUACUUUUAAUUGAUACUUUUCAGUGUUAAUUUGCAUUCAUGAUGCAUUAACUAAUGUUAAUUUAUGCAUUGUAAAAUUUGCAUUUGUUUUUGUAGAUUCAAAAAUGAACCUAUAGAUUAAUAAAUGCUAUACGUUUCAAUGUUC